AAUAUCCAAUCGUCGGUCUCAAGCGCUAUAGGAGUCGCUCUGAGCACACCAGCAAUGGCGCUGAGGACGGCGAUGGUAAGAAGCUCCGGCGUGCAACUGAGGUCUUUGUUCGGGUUCAGAAGCUGGACCCACAGCCUUGCCCAACCAGCACCGUUUGAUACUGCUAUCAAUCACACAACCACAUCGCCGCCGUUGUUUUUGCUUGAGUUUGAUCGAAGCUCGGAGAACAACAACAAGGGCAAUAGCAUUGGAAUUGGGUUUCCAAGUUUCUCUUUUGGUUCUGGAUCUAUGGACCUCAUGGCUGUACCCAAGAAGAAGGUUUCUCCCCACAAAAGAGGCAUCAGAAAUGGACCAAAAGCUUUGAAACCUGUUCCAGUGAUUAUCCGUUGCAAGGUUUGUGGUCGAGUCAAGCUGCCACACUUCUAUUGUUGCAGUGGGAUUAAGGAAAAUACCAGUGAACGGGAAGGCUCUACAAGUUGAUCAAGUCCAUUACUGAAGGACCAUUGAACUUUGGUCCGCCGUAACAGUUGUAAUGUUGGGUUUAACCAUUUUCCAUGUAAAACUCAUGGCAUUGUUCAGAACUUCAAAUUUUGCUAUCUAAGAGUAGUCUCUGUUCUAUGAAUGAUUUAUUUUUUGAUCAAUUGUUAUUCAUUGUAAACCUUCAGCUUGGAAAGUUGUGGUACGUGGG